GGCUGUAUUGCAGGGAUAUAUUCUUUUUCAUUUCGUUAGAAAUCACCUAAACCUUCAGAGACUGUUACAAGGAGGUUUCCAACAAACCUGGUUUUGAAUACCAGUCUGAUUUGCCAUCAACGUAUACCCAUUUACCUCAACGAUCCCCCAUUUUACAUUCGAUGCCACUAUUUGAUUCAUUGCGAAGGCGACUCAGCCAUCGACUCGAAUCCCACCAAAUAGAAGAAGACUACACGCCAAGAAACUCCCGCGUCCAGAGCCGGUCCAACUCCAUUGUUUUCAAUGAAAACCUUCGUUAUGAUGUAGGUAUUUACUCAUCUCCUUUACAAACUCUUGACCAAGGAGAAGCCAUUCCUUCCUAUGAAGCAUCCCAGUUGAUGCACGAACAACAACAAGGCAGUGGCAACGGGAAUGGGACAAACGUCCAUGGGACUGACCCCCUCCAUCAUCUUCCCACCUCCACCAGCAAUCUACUAAAUAGUGAUCCCAUCACCCCGAAUACCAACUCCAUGAACGUCUCGAGACUGGGAUCUGUGGCUGCGGGUUCAAGCACAGACUCGUCUAACAACUCGGGGGGCACCAGCAAUAAGAACAAGAACAAGACUCUCAAGAGUUUGGGACUAAAGUUUUUAAAUGCUCGUCAACACUUUGCUUUGGCGUGUUGUCGGGACCUUUCAUUAAUUCCAUGUAUCUUGGGACUUUUUCAGUCGUGGGGCAGGGCGUUCUUUGAUGCUGAAAUCAGAAACUCCACUUCCCUCACCCAGGCAAAGUUACCAGAACACUUUUUAACGGGGGUAUGGUGUAUCGUUGCUGGGUACUUGUCAUAUUCGGUAUUGGAUAGUCUCAUGAUCCGGUGGAUAGUGACGUACCUGACCUCGGCGGCCAUCUUGAGAAUGCUUUCGAUGUCCACCAUAAUCGUUACGGUGGAACAUUACCUUCUUUCGAGUCUAUCAGCUGAUGGUUAUAAAUAUGGAUUACACAUCUGGAUCUUGAUAAGUUGUUGUCAUACGUUGGUGUAUAUUGGCCAGAACUUUGUGACACUGAACUUGGACUUGAAGGGGAAGCAGAAGGCUCGGUUUUUUGAUUUUUAUAACAUUGUGGUUUUUGCAGUCGUGCCAGUGGGGUUGGCAAGUUUCAUUACCAUGAUUGGUCUCCUUAGGUCCCUUCUAAUAGUCAGGUUGGACAUAGAAAAUUCGUUUUAAUCCUUCCAGACACCCAUGAUAUGUAUAUUAGACCCUUUUGUACCACAGUAUUAUAAUAUUUAUUGGUGCUUAUGCACUUGGCCUUAGUCUCAAAACACUGCGACUGAAAAAUUUCUCAAUUGUAAAACUUUUAAGUCACAAGCCAUGGGUGUUCACGUAUUUGGUAAAUCCAUUAAGCACAACUCGUUGGUGUCCGUGGGAUUGGCCAAAAAGAUAUUCGGGGUUGGUUUUCUCACGGCAGAAAGAAUCUGUGCCAAAGUAGGAAUAUACCCACAGAUGAGAAUGAACCAGUUGACUGAGCCACAAAUCCUUGCCAUAAAUAAGGAGCUAUCCGACUUGACUAUUGAAGGUCACUUGAAGCAAAAGAUCAAUGACAAUAUCAAAUUAAAGAGAACUAUUGGAACUUGGGCUGGUCAAAGACAUGCUGCAGGAUUACCAGUUCGUGGGCAAAGAACUAGAAACAAUGCUCUGACGGCCAACAGGUUGAACAAGUUGGAUAGACACACAUGAACGUCAAAGCACACGAUGGGUCUGACCUUUGGGGUUUCUUGUACAUAUACAUUUAUAAUACACAUUAGAGAAAGCACAUCAAGUGUAGAGAGAUAUUCUACGACCGAGCUAAACUGUCAGAAGAAAUAAUAGAUAGUUCUAAUAAUGGAAUGUUUUUUUCACUAUUUACAGUAAUCAUUAUAUCGUCUUAGUACCUUCACACCUCAGCUCCAAUUCUGUUUCUUGUUUCCUCUACUUCUAUUUUUGAUCACCUUUUUCACUGACCUCCUUUUCCUCUAUCAACUUCUUCAAACGAGACCUUGCUUCGGGAGUAUAUUCCAAAGUUCUUGUUUCCAAUUGCUUUAUCGACAUCCCUACAUGUUCCUUCUUUCUCUGCUCAAUUUCUUCGGAAGUACGAGGUUCAAACUUGAUGAAUUCAAAGUCUUUCCCAGUGUCAUAUACAACGUAGGCUCCUGCGAAUGUAGCUAUGGUAGCCACGAUGAUCCGUCCUAUCAUUGGAGGCAGCGGUGGUAAUUUGGGACCGGCCAUCUUCAGGGAAUAAAAACUGUCAUUUUACAAA